AUGUUGGCAGAGAGUGUGUUGAUAACUGGGUGCAGCCGCGGGCUGGGGCUGGAGAUGGUGCGGCAACUGGUCACGUCUGACAGUGCCCCGCGGGUAGUACUGGCUACCUGCAGGAACCCGGACAGUGCCAAGGGUGGUGGACCCAAUACUCAUCCUGGGUACGACGAACCUCACAUCUAUCCUGUGAGAGAUCGACCUCACACCGAUCCUGUGAGCGAUGGACCUCAUACCGAUCCUUUGAGAGAUGGACCUCACACCGAUCCUGUGAGCGAUGGACCUCACACCUAUGCUGUGAGCGAUGGACCUCAUACCGAUCCUUUGAGAGAUGGACCUCACACCGAUCCUGUGAGCGAUGGACCUCACACCUAUGCUGUGAGCGAUGGACCUCACACCUAUCCUGUGAGAGAUGGACCUCACACCGAUCCUGUGAGAGAUGGACCUCACACCGAUCCUCUGAGCGAUGGACCUCACACCUAUCCU